GUCUACGUGGGCGAGUCCGCGUCCUUGUCUCUUCUAGAGACAGUGCGGAGUGCGCUGCGAGUCGCCGUGGGACCCUGUGCUUUCACCAAUGAGUCCGCCCGAGAUCCGAUGCAUGAGAGCCCGCCGAAAACCCGAUUCGAGCUGGCGCGAGAACCGUUUCUGGACCUCGGGCUCUCGCAUUGCCUAGCCAGCCAGUUCUUCCUAGCUGUCAGCGGCAUCUUGGACCUAUUUGACCCGCCCUGGCUGGCGGAUCAGUUGGAAGAUUGCAACCAGCAGUCCUUUCGCCGGUCCACGUCUAGCUCUGCAGUCGUGUACCUCGCGCUCGCUAUUGGCGCUCAAGGGAGGGCACAAAGUUCUGUGGACGAAGAUCUGGCGGAGCAGUGCUUCGCCUAUGGUCGCCAAUUGGUCAUGUUCAACCUCAUGAACGACCCCAGCCUGGCCACCGUCCAGGCGGUCAUGCUUAUUACCUACUACAUGAUGGCAGCGUGUCAGCAUAAUGCCGCUUUUGUUAACCUUGGCGUGGCAGUCAGGGCUGCUUACACCCUUGGCAUCCACAUACACGAGACCAAUGAGGCCUUUGAUCAUGAGGUAGGGCUGGCUCGUGAGCGAGCCUGGAAAUCACUACGCGUCUGCGACCUGUUCCUGGCGGCCUCUUUGGGAAGGCCACCUGCUACUUCGGAGUCCGUUUCCAACAUCGCAUGGCUUCCAAUCGAGCCCCUGCAGGAUGGCCAGCGUCCCGGUGUGGCUGAGCAGGUCUUUUCGGCCAUGUUUAGAAUUUGCAAUAUCUUUGAGCGCAUACUCGUCGAUGUCUACUCCAAGAAGGCUGUUGGGCUCGACCUGGCUGACAGCAUUUCCCAGCAGCAUCGACAGUGGACCCAGGAACUGCCGCGAAUGCUUAUGGUGGACGGACUCGACGAUCUGGACAAAGCGGACGCCGCCGGUGCGUCUCCCAGCAAUUUUGGUCUGUCUCGGUUUCACGGCUGUGGCAUAGUCAUCAUGGCAUACUACUACUCCAUCGUCCUUCUUACACGACCCUUCCUGGCCUUUCAGGUGCGUCAGGCGGCGAAAAGGACUGCGGCAAACCCCGAUGAUCGUUCCAUCCAGCACGUUGCCAUGUACGCCGAUGCGUGUGUCAGCUCGGCCGUCAAAGGCAUCGAUGUUGCCUACGAAUAUGUAUUUGGGCUCAUCACGCCCAAGCGACAGCCCCUCGUUGUCAAUAGUGUCUUCAUUUCCGCGCUUUGCCUCGGCCUGGCUCACCUGGACACCUUUGGUCCUCGUAAGUGGCCCGUGGAUCCAUCACUUGACCGCGCAAUCAAGAUACUCGAACAUCUUGGGGAGCUUAACAUCCAGUCUGUUCGAUAUGCCAGAACCUGCACACAACUCAAAGAAGCUGUCACUAUCCAUGCAACGCGAAAGAAAGACAGGCUGCUUCAUCAGAACGAACGUGCCUUCCGGAGCAUCUUUGGGGACCUCCGCGCGACCGAAAGGCCGCGUGCCUUCAAUGGAGGUAGUUCAGCCGCCUGCACGGAGUCUCCAAGGCAGACCAACUGGGCAUGCCCGACCAGUGAGACUAGUGAGACCAGUACUAAGCCACUGACACCGUCGGCUUUCGACUUCAACUCAAUUCAGGAGCAAUCUAUGUUGCCAACUCUUGUAAAUUUUCCAGCUCAAGUUUCUUGCCAGUCUCACCACUAUGAAGACUAUGGAACCGAACUGGGAGAGGCAGCGGGAGAGGCAGCGGGAGAGGUAGCACAUCAAUGCCCGGCCAGGACGGUUGUUGAUUUCUCAGCCGGUCACUUCCUAGACUUGGAAGUCCCACUCUUCCCCUUAAUUAACUAUACCCCGCCAGACACUUCUUUUCAGUCGCAAUAA